UUGAGAGGGAUACUGAUAGUUGUUGUUCUAUAUCUUGUAGUGGUUUUGUUCACAAUCACCUUUAAACUUUGGAAUGGGAGCCCAUGGGGUGUAGUUUUGAGUGAUUGGGAUCAUCAUGGCAGCUCAAGUGCUUUCAUCUUACCAGCACCAAAAAAUUACUCCAAAGGCUCCCUCUCUAUGACACUGUCUCCAAAAUUUAGUAUAUACACCUCAGCUCCACAGGAUUUGGUUGUCUUGCACGCAGGCAUGGAUCGGUACACUGCACUGAUUAGUGGUCAAAGAACGUUAGUACAAGAUUUGGUGAUCAAUCCACCAAAGUUUGUUUUAGACAAGCUUCGUAUUGAUCUCUUCUCAUACAAUCAAAGCCUCCAUAUUGGGACUGAUGAAUCUUACCACCUCCAAAUUCCAGAUCCUUUGGAUCCAAAAAGCGCAUUUCUCCAGGUAAGAAGAUCUUUUAUUUGUAAAAGCAUUUGUUUGUUGGUUGGUUCGAACAAGGCAAACACUGUCUAUGGAGCCCUUCGAGGAUUGGAGACUUUCAGUCAGAUCUGCAGAUACAAUGUUGAAGCAAAAACUAUUUUUUUGGAGAAUUGCCCUUGGGACAUUUUUGAUGAGCCAAGAUUCUUGUAUAGAGGCCUUUUGAUAGAUACUGCACGACAUUACUUACCAUUAAACACAAUAAAGACUAUUAUUGAUUCCAUGGCCUAUGCCAAGCUAAACGUUUUGCAUUGGCAUAUUUCUGACGAUGAAUCAUUCCCUUUGGAGAUCCCUUCUUUCCCAAAGCUUUGGAAUGGCUCUUACUCAAAUAAACAACGCUAUAGUCUCGACCAUGCAAAAGACUUAGUCAAGUAUGCUGAACUGAGGGGUAUAAGUAUAAUGGCUGAGAUCGAUGUUCCAGGGCAUGCCCGUUCUUGGGGAGUUGGAUAUCCUCAGUUGUGGCCUUCCCAAAAUUGCAGAACUCCACUAGACGUGAGUAAGGAGUUCACGUUUGAAGUGAUUGAUGGCAUCUUUUUUGAUUUGCGUAAGGCAUUUCCAUUUGAGCUGUUACAUAUUGGAGGAGACGAAGUAAAUACAAAUUGUUGGGAAAGCACAAAGCUUGUUUCUGAAUGGUUGGGCAAGCACAAUUUAACAGCCACACAAGCGUACAAGUUUUUUGUGCUUGAAGUACAGAAGCUAGCUAUGAAACAUGGUUAUGUUCCUGUGAGCUGGCAGGAAGCAUUUCAAAAUUUUGGAUCAAGCUUGCCAAAGAACACAAUCAUCCAGAACUGGCUUGGAUCUGCAAUUGCUCCUAGUGUGGUCAAGUCAGGACUGAAGUGCAUAAUAAGCGAGCAGGCUUCAUGGUACCUGGACCAUUUUGAAGUCACAUGGGAGCAGUUUUACAACAAGGAGCCAUAUGAUAGCAUCACUGAUGGUAGAGAACAACAACUAAUUCUUGGUGGUGAAGUGUGUAUGUGGGGAGAGAAAGUGGAUGCUAGCAACAUUCACCAAAUAAUAUGGCCAAGAGCAGCUGCUGCAGCAGAGAAGCUUUGGAGCCCAUUUUCUGUCACAAAUCUAGGUCCACACAAAGCAGGUGAUAGAAUGGAAACUUUCAGAAGAUUAUUAAAUGAAAGAGGAAUCUAACAUA